AUGACACGUAAGAUGGUUGACACGGCAUGGGAUGACAGGCACCGCUGCCCGCUCUUCUCCCUAUCGCUUGCCUAUCCCACUCUACUACCACUCCCCUGCUCGCUUGCCUAUUCCACUUCCCCACUCUCCCCCACUCCCCCAAUCUCCCCCACUCUACCACUCUCCCCCACUCCCCCACUCUUCUCCCCCCUCCCACUCCCGCCCACUUCCCCUCUUCCCCUUGGCCCUCUUUCACCAUCUGGCAGUUACUCGCCUGACCUCUCUGCGCUUGUCAGACGUCAAUCCAACAGUUUCAGAACCCCUCUGAGCGACGCACACAUCUUCCACUCCCUCUCCUUCAUCAUCAGGCCUCUGCUUUGUCACAUUCCUUCCCCCAUUCUCCUCCCUCCCCCGCACUUACUGUGCCCCAUGCAGACCCCCUCUGAGCGACCCACAGCAGCCGACAUCCUAGCCUCGCCUCUCCUCCACCAACGGGCUUCUGCCUUCCUGCACGCCUGCCUGCAUGCCGUUGAACAUACACUCGAGAGUGCCACUGUGAACGAUCUUGGGAAUGCCGCCCUUGGGAAUUCCGCCCUUGGGAAUGCCGCCCUUGGGAAUGCUCCCCUUGGGAAUGCUGCUCUUGGGAAUGCCGCCCUUGGGAACGCCGCCAGUGUUGGUGCUGAUGUGGCAAGCGCAGUGGCAAUGCGGCGGGCAGUAAGGGAGCAGAUGGGGCGACUGGAGAUCGUGAUAGCCCCAUGCGGGAGCAUCAAUGCGCGUGUGGCCUGCAGCAGCAGCAGCAGCAGCGCCACCACCACCACCACCACCACCACCACCACCACCACCACCACCACCACCACCACCACCACCACCACCACCACCACCACCACCACCACCACCACCACCACCACCACCACCACCAGCAGCACCAGCAGCACCAGCAGUGGCGAUAGCAGUGGCGAUGCUGCUGCUACUGCCGAUUUGCAAGCAGGUGAGCGGACAGGCGGGCUUGCUGCUACAGGAGAUGCUGGUUCUGAGGAAGUCGCAUCCCGUGCAGGUAUAUCUGGGUCAGGGGGAUCCGCCACACGAGCAUGUAGAGCAUGUGACGUGCCUUCGUUGGGUAUGGCUGGUGGGGAGGAGGAGGAGGAAGGGGGUCGGGUGGAGGAGGGAGAAUGGGGUGGGGAGGAGUGUGUGAAGGUCGAGGAGGAAGGGGCAGGGACUGCGGAGGAAGAAGAGGAGGUAUUUCAGGAGGCUCAAGGGAUGGGCCAUGUGGAUGGGGAGGAGGAGGAACAACGGGAGUGGGAGGAUCAGGACGAGUGGGGGUGGUGUUGGUUGGGAAAAGAGGACGAAGAAGGAGAGGAGAAGGACGAGGCGGAGUGUAAGCGAAUGGAGGAGGAAGAUGAGGCACGGAGAGAAUGGGAGCGAGAGCAGGAGUUGAGGGAAGAGUUUGUGCUUGAGAAGGAGGCGGAGGAAAAUGGAUGGGGGGAGGAGAGACAAAUAGGGAAGCGUGAGAACGAUGGUGAGUGGGAAGAGCGAGUGAAUGGGUGGGACGAGGGAGGCGAUGGGGCGGAAAGGGAAGAAGAGCGAGAAGAGCAUGGGAUAGGUCGUGGGUGGGAGGAUGGAGCGGAUGGGUGGAGAGAAGGAGAGAAUAAGAAUCUGAAACGAGAUGAUGAAUGGGAAGAGGGAGAGGUUAGCUGGGGAGAGGGAGAGGAUGGGCGGGAAGGGGAGGAAAGGCGAGAAGAGCACGAGACAGGUGGUGGAUGGGAGGAGAAUGGGUGGGAAGAAGGAGAGGACGGGGAGGAGGAACGAGAUGAUGGAUGGGAGGAAGGAGAGGUUAGGUGGAGAGAGGGAGUGGAUGGCUGGGAAGGGGAAGAAGAGCGGGAAGAGCAUGGGACAGAUGGUGCGUGGGAGGAGGGAAAGGAUAGGUGGAGAGGAGGAGUCAACGAGGAUGUGGAACGAGGUGAUGAAAGGGAGGAAGGAGAGGUUAGAUGGAUAGAGGGAGCCGAUGGGUGGGAAGCGGGAGGAGAGCGGGAGGAGUGCGAGAUACGUGAUGGAUGGGAUGAGGGAAGGGCUGGGUGGGAAGAGGAGGGAUAUCAGCCGCAGCAAAAUCAGCAGUGGCAGCAGCAGCAUCGGCGGCGGGAAGAGAGAGAGCAGACGGAGCAGCACGAAGCAGCCAGAGAGUUGCUGACAAAGAAGCAGCAGGAGCAGCAGACGGAGCAAAAGAAGAAGCAGCAGCAGCAGCAGCAGCAGCAGCAGCAGGAGCAGGGACAGCAGAAGCGUGAUUCAGAAUGGCGGAAGCGGUUCAGGAGCCGCACCAGGGAUAGUCACAGCACAGGGGGGCGCAGCAGGGGCAGGCGCAACAAUAGCAAGGAGGUGGUUAAGGCACUGCUGGAACGGUUUGGCGUCCCUCUCAACAACCAGCCUGUGCCAGCUGGUGCUUGCAUGCAGGCGAACCUGUCGAGGAUUCAGGAGCUGCUGCAGGUGGGCGGGGUGAAGGCGGGGAAGAGGCCGGAGGGGGUGCAGGUGCAAGGGGGAAAGGAGCUGUCAAAGAUAGCGAGGAGGAAGGAGGUGGGGAAGGAGGGUGAGAUGCGGGAUACGUGCUUCGAGACAGGUCAUGCCACACCUGAUAAGGCUGUGCCAGGUUAUGCUGCAGCUGGUGAGGUGGCAGCAGGUGACGUCAUGUCUGAGAGGGUUCGGAAGCUUCUGCGGAAGCUGCGAGAACUGAAGGAGAUAGCUGGCGUGCCAAGGAAGCAGGUGGCACACACGAUGCAAUCAUCAACGCAAGGGGCACCAGAGCUGCAGAAGGUGUGGGCAGUGGGGACACCAGAGGCACUGCGUGCACUGCUCCGGCUGUACAAGCUGAAGGAGGGAGAGGAGGAGCGCAAAAAUGCUGGCAAGAGAUCUCCGGUGCUCACUGGCUCACACAAGGCUGCUUUCCAUGCUGCUUGUUCACCGGGCAAGGGGCCCACGGCUGCUCGUCCUGCGCUUAGACAAAAGCACGGCAGGCAUGGUGACGGCUGUGGGGAUGGGUGUGGGGAUGGGUGUGGGGAUGGGUGUGGGGAUGGGUGUGGGGAUGGGUGUGGGGUAGGUUGUGGGGUAGGGUGUGGGGUAGGGUGUGAGGGUUCCUAUGGAGAUGCCUCUGAGGCGGGCUGGAGUGAUGGCUGCGGAGUGGGGAGUGAAGGUGCUGGUUCGGCCCACACGUGCGGUUGGAGUGAUGGCUUGGAUGGCAUGGGCAGCUGGAUAGGAGGGGCGGGGGAAGACGUGGGUCUGACUGAAGGGGAGGACUGUUCAGAAGGGGUGAGGUAUGCAGGAGGAGAGGGGUAUGGAGAAGGAGAGGGUUAUGCAGAAGGAGAGGGGUGUGAAGAAGGAGAGGGGUGUGAAGAAGGAGAGGGGUGUGAAGAAGAAAAUGAUGAGGAGAUUUCAGAAGGAGAGGGAUGCUUGGAGGGCGAGGGGUGUUCAGACGGGGAGACGCAGUGGGUGGGAGUUUGGCUCAGGACCGAUAGAGGCUGGAUCGAAAGGAAAAUGUUGUCAGAGGAGGAGGAGGAGGAGGAGGAGGAGGAGGAGGAGGAGGAGGAGGAGGAGGAGGAGGAGGAGGAGGAGGAGGAGGAGGAGGAGGAGGAGGAGGAGUAUACAGACGGCGAGGGGCUUAGAGAUGGAGAUAUCUUUAGGAAAGAGGAAGGAGAGGGAAGUGCCGAGGACAAGAGGUAUUCAGAAGGAGAGGGGUAUUCCGAAGGAGAGGGGUAUUCAGAAGGAGAGGGCUAUUCAGAAGGAGAGGGGUGGUCGGAAAGAGAGGGGUUUUCGGAAGGAGAAUGGCUCGAGGUUGAAGGAGGUUUUGAGGGGCUUACAGAAUGCGAAGAAAAUGCAGAUAAAGAGAGGUACUUGGAAAGUGAGUGUCCUGGGACUGAAGGAUGGUGCCCUGAAAACGAAGAGUUGAUGGUAGAGGAGUGGAGAGAAGGAGAUGGAAGGGCACAAGGGCGCGAAGGAGAGGGGUGGAGCAAAGGGAAGAGUUUGACGGAAGGAGAGAAGUGUGCAGAAUCGGAAGCGGGUGCAGAAGCAGAGCGGUUGAUUCAUGGCGGCGCAUUGUGCGAAAGGGGCGAGGUGGGAAGCGGGGUGCAUGAGGCAAGUGGAGCGGCGUUGGGAGGCAUGUUGGAGCGGGUGGGCGUGCUCCUCAGGAGAGCCUGUGGGAGCGCCUGUGAGGGUGCCUGUGGGGGUGCCUGUGAGGGUGCAU